CCGGCCGCGGCGGCCGCAGCAGCCGCAGCAGUAGCGGCUCCAGGAUGGUGAGCGCCGCUGCCCCCCAGCCCCGGCCUGUCGCCCCCUGCCCGCGCCCUGGCCCCGGGGCUGGACGCCCCCCCAGGCCGCGCACACUCACCUAGGACCCGGCCGGGAUGCCGAGCUCUGUCGAAGAUGCACUGGACACCGGAACACGCCCAGCCCCUCAACCAGUGGCCAGAGCAGCACCUGGACGUUUCCUCCACAACCCCGUCGCCGGCCCACAAGUUGGAGUUGCCCCCUGGGGGUCGCCAGCGCUGCCACUAUGCUUGGGCACACGACGACAUCUCUGCCCUCACUGCCUCCAACCUCCUCAAGCGCUACGCAGAGAAGUACUCAGGGGUCCUGGACUCGCCCUACGAGCGCCCCGCCCUGGGCGGCUACGGCGACGCCGCCUUCCUCAAUGGCGCCAAGGGGGACCCCGAGCCCUGGCCAGGGCCGGAGCCGCCCUACCCCUUGGCCUCACUCCACGAGGGCCUCCCGGGAACCAAGGCGGGCAGCGGGGGCGGCUCCGGGGGCCUCGGGGGCUCCCCGGUUUUAGCCGGGAACCUGCCUGAGCCCCUCUACGCCGGCAAUGCGUGCGGGGGCCCGUCGGCGGCGCCCGAAUACGCGGCGGGCUACGGCGGGGGCUACCUGGCCCCGGGCUACUGCGCGCAGACGGCCGCCGCGCUGCCCCCGCCGCCUCCGGCCGCGCUCCUGCAGGCCCCGCCGCCGCCGGGCUACGGCCCCUCGGGGCCGCUCUACAACUACCCCGCGGGGGGCUACGCCGCGCAGCCGGGCUACGGGGCUCUCCCACCGCCGCCCCCGGCCCCGGCCCCGGCCCCGGGCCCCUACCUGGCCUCGGGCCUGGCGGCGCCCACGCCGCUGCCCGCGCCAGGCCCGCCCCGGCCGGCGCCCGCCUCCUACACCUUCCCGGCGGCCGCUCCGGGCGUGGAGAGCGGGCUGUCACUGAAGCGCAAGGCCGCCGACGAGGGCGCCGAGGGCCGCUACCGCAAGUACGUCUACGAGCCCACCAAGGCCCCGGCAGCCGACGGCGCCUCCUACCCCGCGGCGGACAACGGCGAGUGUCGGGGCAACGGGUUCCGGGCGAAGCCGCCCGGCGCCGCGGAGGAGGCGUCGGGCAAGUACGGGGGCGGGGUCCCCCUCAAGGUGCUGGGUUCCCCCGUCUACGGCCCGCCGCUCGAGCCCUUUGAGAAGUUCCCGGAGCGCGCCCCGGCGCCGGCUACCCGCGGGGGCUUCGCGCUGCCGUCGGGGGAGCCUCCCAAAGGCGUGGACCCGGGCGCCCUGGAGCUGGCGGCAGGCAAGCUGCUGGAGUGCGGGCCCCCGGUGCAGUGGGCGGACGUGGCAGGCCAGGGCGCGCUCAAGGCGGCGCUGGAGGAGGAGCUGGUGUGGCCCCUGCUGAGGCCGCCCGCCUACCCGGGCAGCCCACGCCCGCCGCGGACCGUGCUGCUCUUCGGGCCGCGCGGCGCCGGCAAAGCGCUGCUGGGCCGCUGCCUGGCCACGCAGCUGGGCGCCACGCUGCUGCGCCUGCGCGGAGCGACGCUGGCCGCGCCGGGCGCCGCCGAGGGCGCGCGCCUCCUCCAGGCGGCCUUCGCGGCUGCGCGCUGCCGCCCCCCCGCCGUGCUCCUCAUCAGCGAGCUGGACGCGCUGCUGCCGGCCCGGGACGACGGCGUCGCCGCGGUGGGCGCGCUGCAGGCGCCGCUCCUGGCCUGCCUGGACGGCGGCUGCGGCGCGGGGGCCGACGGCGUGCUGGUCGUGGGCACCACGUCGCGGCCCGCGGCUCUGGACGAGGCCACCCGCCGGCGCUUCGCUCUCCGCUUCUAUGUGGCGCUGCCCGACGGUGCGGCCCGCGGGCAGAUCCUGCAGCGGGCGCUGGCCCAGCAGGGCUGCGCGCUAAGCGAGCGGGAGUUGGCGGCCCUGGUGCAGGGCACGCAGGGCUUCUCCGGGGGCGAGCUGGGCCAGCUGUGCCAGCAGGCGGCGGCAGGGGCGGGCCUCCCGGGCCUGCAGCGCCCCCUCUCCUACAAGGACUUGGAGGCGGCGCUGGCCAAGGUGGGCCCUAGGGCCUCCCCCAAGGACCUGGACUCGUUCGUGGAGUGGGACAAAAUGUACGGCUCCGGCCACUGACGGCGCGCCGGGGAGGCCGCGGGAGCCGCCGCCUCUCCCUCCCCGUGCCCUCCGCGUGGGAGGAUGUCUUGAACCAAACCGGGCUGGGAGGGUGCCCGAGUGCGGAAUGUGGGGUGGGG